ACCUGGGCCUCCCAAAAUGCUAGGAUUACAGGCGUGAGCCAUCAUACUCAGCCAGCCACACGUUUUUAAGAUUUAACUAUCACAAGCUGCUAAUAACGUCGAAGUAGACAUAACAUGAGAAAACCUGGACAUAAUAAGUCUUGCCAUUUGACUAGCUGUGUUGUGGACAAAUUAACUCCUCUGGAUCUUGUUUUAUAAAUAGAAAAGCUAGUGUCUCCCAUAUAAUGACAUGGUGGUGUUUAAAUGACAGGACUUGGAACUUCAUGGAUAUUUGAUACUUUUUUCAUAUUGACAGAAAAAGUUUAAGGUUAAACAGUGAUAGAGCUAGAAGGGAUCUUGGCAAUGUCAUCCCAUUUCACAUUUUGUAGGGGAGGUAAAGUCAGCUCUGUGUAGUUAUCAGUGAGUGAAUUUGAAGUCAGACAGCAUGGUCUGUAUAAGAUACCCCUUACUCUUUCUGAGCUCUUGUUUCUCCUUAGAUCUUUUAAAAUCUCUUUUCCAAUUCAAAGUGCUUUUUUGACAUCUAUCCCACUUCUCAGGUGAAUCAAUAUUAAUAAAGCAAUAUGUACUGUAUUGUGUAAGACACUGGGACCUUUUUGAUAGGUGGCCUCAUUUUCUGCCAGUAUGAGAAAAUCCAGUCCCUGACUCACUCAACAUCUGUUCUGGCCUUCUAGUGUGCCUCCCAGUAAUGCAAAGGCUAGCUAGCACAAAAACUACGUACUUCCCCAAUCCAUUGCAGUGAGGAUUGUGGAUGUGCUUUAGAUUCCACCAGAUGCACUUACGUAAGGCUUGAAUUCAAGGUAGAUAAGAGAGUCAGGCAUGUGAAGCAACUGUUUUUUGUGGGUAUGUGGGUCUAGCACGGAGGUUUUCAAAGGCUACUGUGCAUUAGAGUUAUCUGGAGGGUUUAUUGAAACACAGAUUGCUAUGUCCCACUUCUAGAGUUCCUGGUCUGGAAGAGAGCCUAAAAAGUUUACGUUUCUGACAAGUUUCAGGUACACCCUCUUUAACAGUCCAACAAACCUAGAGUCUGGAAAUUGGAGAAACAUAGUCUUAUAUCUAAAAUAAAUGCUUACAAGAGAGGAUCUUUUUCACUCAAACUCUGUAUACAAAUACUGCCACAUGGAUAUUUUAAAAUGUAUUUAAUGGAGACUCCAAGUAUAGUUUACUUUCCUAUAUCGUGAUCUUCAGCUCUAUAAUUAAAGCAGCACAGAACAAUGCAAAAUACUGCUGAGAAAUUCUCCAAAGAAAGGCACAUAAUUAAGAGCCUUAAUUGAAACAAAAACAUAGUCCAGCCUCAUUUUGUUUGGUGUAAGGGGCUUUUGUUUAGGUAGUUUGAGCGGGAGGAGGAUGGGGUGAGCUUUGAGGAACAGAAUUAGGAGGGCAAACCAAACAGUGUGUACUAGUCUAUGAAAAGUUUAGGAAUCAAAAAACAAUUUUUGGUGAUCUUUGCCUUUUUCUUUUUUGGUGAUCGUUUUCUUUAUUGGUUAUCUUUUUUUUUUUUUUUUUUUUGGUGAUCUCUUUGGUUAUCUUUCUUUAACUUGAUUAAUUAGGUGGGAUGGCUGGGUAAAAUCCUUGCCAUUUUUAUGUUACUCCUUUUAUUUUAUCAUAUUCCUAUAAUACUUUAAUGGUUUCAGGAAAUUAUAUUCCAGGUUUAGGGUUUCUAUGUUGGUUUAACCUUAAAAUCAGUUUGAAUUUGUGAAGUAGUGAAGUUUAUUUGAUCAGAUUACAUUGCCUUAAAUUGGCUUCUGAGUUCUACUGAUUUUUGCAGCUCAGCCUUUCAGUUUUCCUCAAAUUAGUCUACAAAGUAUACUUUUUCUUUUAGAUAUCUCGAACUAUGAUCAUUUUGGCAAAUAGACUCUUUCAUUUAUUCAAAAUGUAUUUAUGGUGUGCAUGCCAUGUGCCAGAAUUUCUGCUAGGCUCUGGGGAGGUAAUGGCCAGAGGAAACAUCCCUGCCCUUGUGAAACUUUGCAGUGAAGUGGGGAAAGGGACAGACUCUGAGCUGUAUGUUAGCACAACUAUAAAAUUCAGUCUAGGAAAAGUACUGCGAAUUUUAUGCUGGAGUAAUUUGACUUAUCAGGAAAGGCUUCACUGAGAAAUGGAUGCUUAAUCUGCAAGCUAAAGGAUGAGUAGGAAUUAAGUAGGCCAAAAAGGGAGCAGUCCAUUUUCCAGGCAGAAGGAACGGUGUGGACAAAGGCCCUGAACCAAGAAAGAGCUUGACAGGAAUAGGUGGCUGAAAGAUGGCCAGUGCAAUUGGAGGAGAGAGGGAGAAUUCGUGGGAGAAGGAGUUGAAGGAAUAGGAAGGGAGUCAAGAGUGAAUACUGGCAACUGGUUAGGAAUCUUAGCAGCAGCACACUGGGGAAAAGAUGGCAAUUUGGACUAUGUUGGUACUGGCAAAGAUAAAGAAGACAAUUUUUUGUUUGUUUUUAUUUUUUAUUGUACUUUAAGUUCUGGGGUACAUGUGCAGAAUGUGCAGGUUUGUUACAUAGGUAUACAUGUGCCAUAGUGGUUUGCUGCAUCCAUCAUCCUGUCAUCUACAUUCAGUAUUUUUAAGCUAUAUUUAGAGGGUUGCUUUUUGUUUCUUUUAAAUAUUAUAUAGCUUAUUAGGUUGAAGUAUGUUAUAGAAGUUGCAGAUUGAUUGCUUGUACCUUUUCCUUUUUAGGAAUUAUCCAGCCUGCCCCUGCUACUAGAUGAAUGGAAGACGAUGAUUUGAAUUAAGUGCCAGCAGAGAAUUAUCCUUGGUUUUUGUGCUUUGCAGCAUUCCCCAAAUUGUUUUCACAUCUUCUCUUACUAUAAAAACUGCACUGAAGUUAAAAAAAUGAAGCAGUUAAAAAGAAAAAGGAAAAGCAAUUUUAGUGUUCAAGAAACUCAGACCCUUUUGAAAGAAAUUACAAAAAGGAAAGAAGUCAUUUUUUCCAAGCAGCUCAAUACAACAAUUAACGUGAUGAAGCGAAUGGCUUGGGAAGAGAUUGCACAGUGUGUGAAUGCUGUGGGAGAAGGAGAACAGAGGACAGGGACAGAGGUGAAAAGAAGAUACCUUGACUGGCGAGCACUUAUGAAGAGAAAGAGGAUGAAGGCCAACAUUAAGCUGGUCGGUUCAGGAUUUCCCCUUCCCUCCUCCGAUUUAGAUGACUCUCUCACUGAAGAGAUAGAUGAAAAGAUUGGAUUCAGAAAUGAUACAAAUUUUGACUGGCAAAACGUGGCUGAUUACAGGGAUGCGGGUGGUUCCUUAACUGAGGUUAAAGUGGAAGAGGAAGAAAGGGAUCCCCAGAGUCCUGAAUUUGAGAUUGAGGAGGAGGAAGAAAUGUUAUCAUCCGUCAUACCAGAUUCCAGGAGAGAAAAUGAACUUCCAGAUUUCCCCCACAUUGAUGAGUUUUUUACCCUUAAUUCAACACCAUCUAGAUCUGCAUAUGAUGAGCCUCAUUUGCUUGUCAGUAUUGAGAAACAGAAACUAGAGUUGGAAAAACGACGACUGGAUAUCGAGGCUGAAAGACUGCAGGUGGAAAAGGAACGCCUACAAAUCGAGAAAGAGAGGCUGCGGCAUUUAGACAUGGAGCACGAGCGGCUUCAGCUGGAGAAGGAACGGCUGCAGAUUGAAAGAGAGAAGUUGAGGUUACAGAUAGUCAAUUCAGAGAAACCAUCCUUGGAAACUGAACUUGGUCAAGGAGAAAAGUCCAUGCUUCAACCACAGGACAUAGAAACAGAGAAGUUAAAACUUGAGCGAGAACGCUUGCAACUGGAAAAGGAUAGGCUGCAGUUUUUGAAGUUUGAAUCGGAGAAGCUACAGAUUGAAAAGGAGCGCUUACAAGUAGAGAAAGACAGACUUCGAAUUCAGAAAGAAGGACACUUGCAAUGAUUUUUCCAGGCCUCCAUUUAGCAAAUAUUUGAAGACUGUAGAUUUCUCUCAUAUCAGGUGAUAGAAUGAUGGUUGCUGGAUUAGCUGUGGUUUCUUUUCUUGUCUCAUGUCAGUGUUCAGUAGGAAAAAGUUAUAUGUGGAUAACUGUAUGCCUAAGUAGUAUAUAAAAACUGUGCCCUAGCAUAAACAGCAUAGUGGAAAUUUACUGUGCUGGACUCUCUACCUUAUAAUAUUACAUAGAGUCUUGUAUAGUCUGUGUACCCAGAGUUUACAAUUACGUCUAUAUAAAAUUCUAGCCCAGAAGUUCUCAACUGGGGUUGAUUUUGGCCUUUAGAAGACCAAUUUGGCGAUGUCUGGAGACAUGUUUGGUGGUCAAAACUGGGGUAGGGAAAAGGUUGUUACUGUGCAAGGCAUACUUCCUCAACCCCCCUUCCCCUGCCACAGACUCAGUAAAGAAUUUUCCAACCCAAAAUAUCAUUAGUGCUGAGGUUGAGAAAUCCUGUCCUUGCUUAACUCUGUACCUCUAUAGCUAUGUUUUAUAGUUUUAGAAUAUUAAAACCUCAGAUAUUUAUGUGGAUAGGUACUUAAAUGGCCAAAAACUUUAACUAUGAAAUGUUACUAUGUAGUAUAUUGAAUAUAGGAAGUGAUGAAGAUUAUAGGUAUUUUAUUCCCAUGAUUACAUCUAUAAAUAGCCUUCUCAGAUUCAGAAAACAAUACACGGAACAUUAGAGAUUAUCUAAAAUGGGUCACUUUGAAAAUAAUUAUUUAUCUCACUUUUAAUGCUUUAGAAGGAAGAGGUAAUUUUAAAGCUUUAGUUCCUUUUCUUUCAGUAAUUUUCUUGGUUUGGGUACAAAAAUUGUCAUUUCAAUAAUGUACUGAAAUCUUAUAAGUAAAUGGUUGAAGCUAGUAAAAAUGAUAACAGUAUAAAAAUGGUACCUGUAUUCCGUGAGCUUGAACCCAAUUACUGAUUGUUUGACUUUUAAAAUAAGUAAUAGCAGCCAUUUGGGAGUGGGGGGUGGGUGGGGAAAAUGUACUCCGUAUCAAAUAAUGAUGAUGUUGAAAUAAUGAUAGUAGCUAUGUGUUAUGGAUUAGAGAAGCACUUAUUACACUAUCUAACCUGAUAUGUAGAACAAUUUUUUAGAGUUGUAUCUGUUGUUAUUCCUGAAUCUGAAGCUCAGAGAAGUCACACAGAGUAAAUGGCUGAUCUUUUAUAUUGUAGCGUAUUUUGUCCUUCCCCCUUCCCUGAGGAACAAAGUACAUAUCUUUAGUUUCUUUGAUAUUUAUUCUGAGACCAAGGGCUUGUUUAACCUGAUGAUUUUCCUUCAAUUGUCUGAAACUGCUUUCUCCACAAUCUGAGUGAUUCUGAUGCACACUAAAGUUGAGAAUCACUGUACUGAUCACUUUGUGUUUUCUGAUUUUCAAGGUUGAUACGUAGCUUUAAUAUAGCUCUUCUGUUGACCUUGAUUCUGUGUUUCUUCCUUGUUAAGAGUGGCUUGAAACUCAAAUGUAUGUUGACAUUUGAGGAUGGGUAUGCAAGGAAAAAAUAUACUUCUGUUUACUUACUCUGUCUUUGAAAUAGUGUUAUUUUUCUAUAUCUGAGAUAAAUGCUUCUACUGUAGAAAUAAAUUUGCCUAUACUAUCUGAGAAUUUGUAAUUUCAAAUGAUACUCAUUGCUCUAAGGGCAGAGGUUAUCAGGCUUAGAGAAGAGAACCCUAUCAUGGUCAAUGAGGUCAGAGGCCUAACAUUUGGGCUGGACAUUGAGCUAUGUAUGCUGGAUAUGUUAUUUGCUCCUCAGAAGGACCCUUGAGAUCUAACUCAUGUGAUAUGGUUUAGCCCUGUCCCCACCCAAAUCUCAUCUUGAAUUGUAGCUCCCAUAAUUCUCACAUGCUGUGGGAGGGACCCAGGGGAAGAUAAUUUGAAACAUAGGGCAGUUUCCCCCAUAUUGUUCUCAUGAUAGUGAAUAAGUAAGCUUCCCAAGAUCUGAUGGUUUUAUAAGAGGAAUCCCAUUUCUCUUAGUUUUCAUUUUCGCUCUUGCCUGCUUCCAUGUAAGACAUGCCUUUCACCUUCCACCAUGGCUAUGAGGCCUCCCCAGCCACGUGGAACUAUGAGCCCAUUAAACCUCUUUUUCUUUAUAAAUUACCCAGUUUCCGCUAUGUCUUUAUCAGCAGCAUGAAAGUGGACUAAUACAUCAUGUUAUCUCCACUCCUAUAACAACAACAACAACAAGCCUCAUUUAUUUAAUUAACCGUCUAUCUUAAAAAUUACAUACCAAUAUUGAUCCAAGAUUUUAGCAUAAGCACAACCACCACCAGGCCAGGGGAAUUUUUGUAUUUUUUAUAUAGACGGGGUUUCAAUGUGUUUGCCAGGCUGGUCUCAAACUCCUGACCUCAAGUGAUUCAUUGGCCUCUGCCUACCAAAGUUUUGGGAUUACAGGUGUGAGCCACCAUGUCUGGCCAGGUUUUAAUAGGGAAAGCCUGAAAAUAGCUAAUAAUUAAUUUUCGGUGAAGCACUCUUAAAUGCCUGGAAGUAAGAAACUAAAAAGAAGCAUAAUAUAUUCUAAGGCUUUGGCUGAAGAGCCUUGGAUUUCUUAACGCUGCUUCAGGUGCAGAUGGGUUGGACUGGUUCAUUCCAGUAGGAAACAGUGUUGCUGCACCUCUGACGUGAUAGGCACACCCAUAGUGCAUGUAUCUAUUAGCUAUUGCUGUGUAACAAACUGAUAGAAAAUUUAAUGGCUGGAAAUCCCAACCACUUAUUUUGCUCAAAAUUUUAGAGGAUAUGAGGUGCAGCUUAGCUGAGUGGUUUUGCUCUUGGCUGGGCUCUCAGUGUCAGCUGCAGGUUGGCUAUGUGGUUCAGCUUCUGGGGUUAGCUAAAUAACAGAAGGGCAGGGGGUGAUAAAUGGUGGAGCUAAGCUCUCCCUAUGAUGUUUGAUCCUAUAGGCAGGGUAACUUGGGCUUGUUCUAAUAGGGGUGGCAAGGGUUGAGGAGAGAAAGAGGUGUUCAAGUUAUCAAGCAAGGCCAAGUCUCAGAACUAGCACUUCAUUAUGCUUCUGUAACACUGGAUUGGCCAGAACUAAUUACAGAGCCAGACCAGAGUCAAGGGUUGGGCAAUAGAGUCCACCUACUGAUAAGAAGAGCUGUGAAGUUCAGUAAAACUGGGAUACGGGGAGGACUGAGGAAUCGUGGCCAUAUUUGCAAUCAGUCUACCACACCUUCACUCUGGUUUGCCUUUGGUAUACUUUGAUUAUAUCAGUGGUUCUGAUAUCUUAUCUGGUUUGGCAUUAGUUCUACACAAAAAUGCCCUGAUAGGACUUUGAAUUAUGUGGGCAUUCUUACUGUAAGGAGCACCCUCCCAUCUGUUUUGUAGAAAUGGCUGGUUUAAGAGAAGGAAGGGACCAUAAAUUUGCAGAAAGAAAUAUAUAGUGUUCUCUCAGGCUUUUUCUUCUAAAUUAAACACUUGAGUCUUUGUAAUUGAAGGGAAUUUCUGCUUCACUUCUUUCAUUUUCUGCCUAAUUUGUCCAUUUUAUAUUACUUCGCUGCUUCUCUGUUCAUUUUUCUACUUCUUCAUGCAUUGUCACCUCUAUGCUGUAUAUAAAAGCAGAUCAUAAUGCUUCCAGAAUAUUUUAUUUUGAGUUAAUAGCUACUUUUUUCUACCUCCACAUCCUUAACAUGAUCAUUUUAAAUCCAAAAUGAUUUUUACUGUGUUGCUCUACAUUUGCGUUAUACUUCCCCAAAAGUAAAUUUAAUUUAGAAAAUAUUUAAUUUUUAAUUUAUCAGAGAUUUCUAGCCACUAUCAUCAGACCUGAAUUAUAAUUUCUAAAGCUCCCAGAGAACUACCAACCUGUUUCCUUAUUCCACCUGUAACUUCUGUUUGACAUAUGUAGAUCCUUUUUAUACAUGCCAGGCAGUGUUUUGCAUAGGGCCUUAAUUUAAAUCCAGAUGAAGAUUGUCUGUCAAAUGUAUCAUUUUGAAAAUUUCUCCCAAUGCAUAUUGAAAGAGAUCCAGCCUAGGUGUAACUGGGACACAGCUGGAGAAGAACGUAUCUCUUUAAAAAAUAGGAAAGUUGGAUGCUGAAAUCACGGAUUAAUUUGUCACUGUAGAUAGAGGCAUUGAGACUAUGCUGUUUGAAUUAAGACUAAGAAGAAACAAGAAAUGACAAUUAUUAUAAAAUCUGAUUUUUUGUACAUUCAGAGAAUAACUUUAUCAAUACUCUUUAUUAUUUACCAUUUGUUUCUUUGAUAUGACCCAUUCAUCUUUAGAAAAACUGAAAUAUAAAGUCA